AUGGCGCCUGCAUUGUUUGGGAAAGUGAAAUCCAAGGGCAGGAAGUGGUUGCAGGCCUCUCACCGGGAAUCCUCGACUCCUUCGCCACAAACACUUUCGCCAACACCAUCUCGACCUUCAUCCCAACUAGCUGCUCGACCGACAUCUCAGCCAACGCCCUCUCCGCAUAUCUCGACGGAUUCCGACACCUCCUCGCUGACGAGUCUACAAGAGCGGCUUUGGAAUAAGGCCUACGAUGGGCUCAAAGCGAGCGAGCCCAAACUAGUCGGGGCGUACGAGAAGAUCUUGGGUUCUAAACUGCACGAGGACGGCCCUAGCUCCGUUGCCUCCGAACCGACUGACAAUGGAAUAGCAAGCGCUUGGGGCCCAAGAUGCCGCCAAAUGCAGCAGUUGAUCCAGGCAGGGCUGGGCCGGACGCAGAAGCAAGCGUCCAUCAAGCAAGGCAUUGACGAAGGCUUGCAAGCAAUACAAGCGGUGAGGGGAAUAAUGGACAGCGCGGUAAAGGCCGCACCAGAAGCCGCCGUCGCCUGGGUCGGCGUCUGCCUUGGAUUAGAGAUCCUUUCGAACCCCGUCACCGAGGCACGCGCAAACCGCAAAGGCAUCGCCUACGUCCUGUCAAGAAUAGAGUGGUACUGGAACUUAGUGUCUCUACUUCUCGACGAGAACAAGGCCGAGCAAUCUUCCGUGGGACUGCGAAUGAAGAGCGUCUGCAUUUACUACCGGAACUCGGCUGUCGUCAUCGGAAGGGAUAUGCUCAAACUCGAUGACUGGGCUGGCCAGUUCAGCGAGAUCAAGGAAGCAGAGGAUGCCGUGCAAAGAGACAUGGAACAAUACAACACAGAAGAGAGCAAGAUACGACUGCAGAAAAUCGCCAAAACCGCUAGCGCUAUAGAGAUGAAGCUCCAAGACAUUCAUGCGGCCAUCAAAGGCGUACAUUUGGCCAUUGAAGCGCAAACGCAACAUCAAGAGAAGAGACACCAAGACGACGAGGCGAAGCAAUGUCUGAAAGACCUGCGCGAGACCGACCCUCGCGACGACAAGACGCGCAUCGAAGCUACAAAGGGCGGCCUGCUCAGGGACUCGUACCGCUGGAUUCUUGAUAAUGACGAAUUUCGGCGAUGGCGUGACGAUCCACAAAGCCAGCUGCUCUGGAUCAAAGGCGAUCCUGGCAAGGGCAAGACGAUGCUGCUGUGCGGCAUCAUCGACGAACUGGAGAAGGAACCCGGCAAACACCUGUCCUACUUCUUCUGCCAGGCCACCGAGACACGACUGAGCAAUGCGACGGCCGUGCUGCGUGGCCUGAUCUACCUUCUCGUCGACCAACAGCCGUCGCUCAUCUCGCAUGUUCGGGAGAAGCACGACCAUGCGGGUAAGCAGCUUUUUGAGGAUGGGAAUGCCUGGGAAGCCUUAUCUAAGAUCCUCACGGCCAUGCUUAAUGACCCGGGCGUGGAUGGUGCGAUCCUGAUUGUUGAUGCCCUCGAUGAAUGCAAGACAAAUCGCCAUCAGCUUCUCGACUUCAUCACUAAACCUUCCCGCGUCAAGUGGAUCGUCUCUAGCCGUAACUGGCCGGACAUUGAGGAGAAACUGGACAAUUUGGAGCAGAAAGUCAGGCUGCGCCUUGAGUUGAACAAGGACUCAAUCUCCAAGGCUGUCAAUACCUACAUCGGACACAAGGUGAAUCGACUGGCAGGUCUUAAGAAAUACGACAAGGAAACAGGGGACGCUGUUCAACGUCACUUGGUUGGCAAUGCCGAUGGCACCUUUCUCUGGGUCGCCUUGGUCUGUCAAGAGCUAGCAGAUCCCAAGGUCCGAAAACGGCAUACACUCGACACAUUGAAGUCAUUCCCCCCAGGUCUUGAUCCUCUCUAUAAGCGAAUGGUGGAACAUAUCAGCGAUUCGAAAGAUGCAGAUCGUUGCAGAGAGAUCCUCGCUCUUGCUUCGGUCGUAUACCGACCCAUCACCCUAGACGAGUUAAAGGCUCUUGCCCAGUCGCUCGAAGAUCUCGACCAGGAUGAGUUGGAAGAAAUCAUCGAUUCCUGUGGUUCUUUUCUGACUCUUCGAAAAGGCGUCAUCUACUUUGUGCAUCAAUCAGCCAAAGAUUUCCUGCUCAAGAACGCGUCAAAGCAAAUCCUACCUUCUGGCAUUGCGCACCAGCACUAUGCCCUCUUCUCGAGGUCGCUAGGUGUCCUGUCGGAAACUCUUCGACGAAACAUCUACAGUCUCAACACGCCAGGAUUCUCCAUUGAUCAGGUCUCACCGACCAAUCCCGACCCAUUAUCCCCAAUUCGAUAUUCAUGCGUCUACUGGGUUGACCAUCUUCACGACUCAGAUGUCGCAGAAGUCAACGACAUUCUACGGGAUAACGGCAACGUCCAUGUAUUCAUCCAGAAGAAGUACUUGUAUUGGCUGGAAUGUCUUGGUCUGCUACAAAGCAUAUCCGAGGGAACCAAGGCGGUACACAAGCUCGAGGCUUUAGUGAAAAUCGCGGGAGCGCAAAAACUGACAGAACUACUUCGAGAUGCGCGCCGAUUCAUUCUUUCUCAUGCUCGCGCCAUCGAGAUUUCUCCAUUACAGGCUUAUGCGUCCGCACUCGUGUUCAGUCCUGAACGCAGUCUCACCAGAGAGCUCUUUAAGAAGGAGGAGCCGGAUUGGAUGGUGUUGAAGCCAAGAAUGGAGGCAGAUUGGAACGCUUGCCUGCAGACGCUCGAGGGCCAUGGCAGUUCGGUGAUGUCGGUGGUGUUCUCGGCAGAUGGCCAGCGUCUUGCAUCUGGCUCAGCUGAUAAGACAGUCAAGAUCUGGGACGCAGCCACGGGCGCAUGCAAGCAGACGCUUGAGGGCCAUGGCAAUUGGGUGAUGUCGGUGGUGUUCUCGGCAGAUGGCCAGCGUCUUGCAUCUGGCUCAGCUGAUAAGACAGUCAAGAUCUGGGACGCGGCCACGGGCGCAUGCAAGCAGACGCUUGAGGGCCAUGGCAGUUCGGUGUUGUCGGUGGUGUUCUCGGCAGAUGGCCAGCGUAUUGCAUCUGGCUCAGAUGAUAACACAGUCAAGAUCUGGGACGCAGCCACGGGCGCAUGCGAGCAGACGCUUGAGGGCCAUGGCGAUUGGGUGACGUCGGUGGUGUUCUCGGCAGAUGGCCAGCGUCUUGCAUCUGGCUCAGAUGAUAAGACAGUCAAGAUCUGGGACGCAGCCACGGGCGCAUGCAAGCAGACGCUUGAGGGCCAUGGCAGUUCGGUGUUGUCGGUGGUGUUCUCGGCAGAUGGCCAGCGUCUUGCAUCUGGCUCAGGUGAUAACACAGUCAAGAUCUGGGACGCAGCCACGGGCGCAUGCAAGCAGACGCUUAACGUUGGGGGAGUAUUAUAUCACCUUUCAUUUGAUCCAACGUCAAAUGCUCUCCUCUCUACCGAUAUUGGACUUCUAAAUCUGGAUCGCCCGGCUCUGCCGCCUGUCAUAAAUGAUCGGUCGGCUGAGAUAACAUUACCGCGUGUUAGCCAUUCUGGAUGGGGUAUAAGCGCGGAUGGCGAAUGGAUUGUUGAAGAUGGAAAGAAGAUGCUUUGGCUGCCUCCGGACUAUCGAGGGGGCAGGCCCGCUAUUGAUAGAUCAACGGUCGCUAUCGGCUAUCAUUCAGGUCGUGUGCUAGUGAUGAAGUUCUCUUAA